UCCCGCGUAGCUAGCGGCUGUCAGACACUAGCAACUGCCUCGGCACGAUGAUGCUGCCCCGCAGUGCUAGCAUGCAUAGCAUAAGCCAGCCGCGGCAGCAUGCGCCCGCUCCUCAUGCUGAUUGGGCUGCUCCACACAAGUGCCAAGACCAUGUACCGAAACGCACUACAAAUUAAUAGAGAACGGAACGCGUCGUGGUACUACGGCCCGCUCGGACUUGAGAACAUAGAAGCAACCAUUGCCUUCAUCGGCGACUCGACGCACCGGAACCAGCUUCAGUUUUUGUGCGACGUGCUGGGCACGCAGCCGCGCGACAUCGCGACGGGCACGUCGUCCACUGGUUUAAUGUGUUCUGGUAAAGGCAUCACGGUGGCGCUCAAGGUCUUUGAUGGGGACUCGGACCCCUGGUCGAUGCGUUCCAUGCGCUCCGUGCUGCGGAAUUUAGCAAGGGGCGCUUCCGUGAAGAGGUGGGACGUCGUGUACUUUGGCUCUACGUCAUUACACAUGCUCCAGCUGCUACCUCUGAUCAAGUGGCGCGGCUGGCCCGCCGCGCGCGACUUGGGGAGAGAGCUCGCGAAGGCUGUGGAUGCCGUAUCAACAGUGGGGGCCUGCCCGGUCUUCAUGACGGGCCACUGGUUGUGCUCGCGCGAGUUCCUGAAGCGGCGCGACGAGAGCGAGGCGGGUGAGUUUCCUACGGGAGACUGGGAUCUGGUUCAAUUGACACGGUUCCUUGAUGAUGUAAAUAACCCGUGGGCCGCGCGCAAGGCCGCGAUUUUGCGAAUUGCCGCGAAGAACACUUCUUAUUACACCAGGGAGUGCGCCGCCAUCACGUCGGAUCAGGACGAGGCCGCCGCCUGCUCUAAACUAUCCUUCGACGCGGCGGGCUCGGCCCACGCCGCGGCCCUCGAACAGAAAGCCCUCUCUGGACUUUCUACGCCGGUCCGCGUCGUCGACGCGCACGCGCUGACGCGGGAGCAGUGCUGGGCGACGCAGCGCGACGGCGUCCACUACCUGCCGCUGCUCCCUUCUCGUCUUUCCGCGCUGACGGCCCACGUUGUUGAUUGUUUACGCGAGCAACGGCUGCCGUUCCGGCGCUUCCAUCGGAGUAGUGAACACACAUAACUUAGCUUUCU